AUGAUUUCUGUCGCAGGAGCUAUCGCCGCUCAGGUUGGAAUCUCAGCCCUAUCUCUCGAAGCUGUCGAGCAGGCGCAUUGGACUGCAUCCGCUUUCUUCGUCGCAAGCUUGGUUCUGGGCAUCCUGUCCGUCUAUGCCAGCUUCAUUGUCCAGCAGGAGCUCAACGGUCUGCUGAGCACUGUGGAAGUGGCCGACUGGUGUUCCCGCCCCCUGACACCAGUCGAAGUACUUCGGGGCGCUUAUGCCGUGUCCAGCCACCCGGCUUUCCAGGUGUCCGGAGACAAUCCCAUCGAGAGCAAGAUACAAACCGUAGUUCCAACGAGGGGACUUACUGUCGACAUGAGCCAGUUAUUGAAACGAGAGGCAUCUGCGCUUGCCGCAAUUCGGAUCGCUUCGCCCGCAGGCUUCCUCGGGUUGUCUCUAAAUGCGUUCAUCAUUGGACUGGGCGUAUAUCUGGGAUGCAUCUACACCGAUGACUUGAUUCCACAGAACGGCAAGGGCGGAUCAUUGGGAAUUCUGAUAUUCUUCCUAAUUGCAGCGGCAAUAGGGACCUUUACGUAUUCAUUCCCUGGUCUCCUCAAAGCGUCGGAAACAAAGAGUGGGAAAGGAACGAGCGAAUCGAGACAGCAUCUGGAGCAGAUAACAGAGGCCAUUAAUCGCUACGACCGAGAGCACCCAGUUCAAAAUCCAAUCCCAAAUGUGGCUACUUGA